ACUCUAUUUUUCCUGCAGAAAUUUUUAAAUGCUCUUCGGAAAUUCAUUCCUUGAACAUUCAAGGGGAGAUUGCAGAUUUCUUGAGUCUGCGAUUUGAAGUGGAGAGUAAUCGUGGCAGAGCAGAACGCCUUAGACAAAGAAUCAAGAUGGAGAAAAGUAUCCUUAUCAUUCUAGAUAACAUAUGGACCAUACUUGAUUUGAAAGAAGUGGGGAUACCAGUUGGUGAUGAACAUAAUGGUUGCAAAUUGUUGAUGACAAGUAGAAAUCAAGAUGUGUUGCUGCAAAUGGAUGUUCCAAAGGAUUUCACUUUCAAAGUUGAAGUUAUGAGUGAAAAUGAGUCAUGGAGCUUGUUUCAAUUUAUGGCAGGGGAUGUAGUUAAAGAUAGAACUUUGAAAGAUGUAGCAUAUCAAGUUGCCCAAAAAUGUGAAGGUUUGCCUCUUAGGGUAGUGACAGUAGCGAGUGCAAUGAAAAAUAAGAGGGAUGUCAAAUCUUGGAAAGAUGCAUUAAGGAAAUUACAAAGUCAUGACUCAUUAGAUGCGUUAACUUAUUCUGCUUUGGAAUUGAGCUAUGACUCAUUGGAUAGUGAUGAAAUGAGGGACCUCUUCUUGCUUUUUUCAUUACUUCCAGGUAAUGAUGUAUCGUACUUUCUGAAAGUUGCAAUGGGUCUGGACAUAUUAAAACAUGUUAAUAUUGUUGAUGAUGCAAGAAAUAGACUUUACACAAUGAUCGAAUCUUUGGAGGCAUCUUGUCUUUUGCUUGAAGUUAAAGUAGAUGGAAAGAUCCAAAUGCAUGACUUUGUUUGUGAGUUUGCUAUCUCCAUUGCAUGCAGGGACAAACAUGUAUUUCUAAUGAAACAACGAGAUGAUCAGGAAUGGCCAACCAAUGCUUUUUUACAAAGGUGCACACAGAUUGUUGUAGAUUACUGUCAUAUGCACGAGCUUCCUCAAACAAUUGAUUGUCCUAACAUGAAGUUUUUAUGUUUGGCUAGUGGGAAUCGUUCUUUAAAAAUCCCAGAUGAUUAUUUUAAGGGUAUGGGAAGCCUUAGAGUGCUAGAUUUAACAUGUCUGAACUUGUCUUCAUUACCGUUUCAGUUCCUAACCGACCUUCAAACAUUGUGUUUGAAUUUCUGCGUUUUGGAAAAUAUGGAUGCAAUAGAAGCUUUACAAAAUUUGAAAAUUCUUUGCCUCUGGAAUUCUUCAAUGAUCAAGUUGCCAAGACAAAUAGGGCAAUUGACUCAAUUGAGAAUGCUUGAUUUGAGAAGUUCAGGAAUAGAAGUAAUCCCUCACAACAUUAUAUCAAGCUUGACUAAAUUGGAGGAGUUGUACAUGGGAAAUACCUCUAUUAAUUGGGAAGAUGUCAGUUCAACGGUUCAUAAUGAAAAUGCUAGUCUUGCCGAGCUUCGAAAACUACCCAAAUUGACAGCUCUAGAAUUACAAGUUUGUGGGACUUGGAUGUUGCCAAGGGACUUGCAAUUGGUGUUUGAGAAGCUCGAAAGAUAUAAAAUAGCUAUUGGAGAUGUAUGGGACUGGUCUGACAUCAAGGAUGGAACCUUAAAAACAUUGAUGCUCAAACUUGGUACAAACAUACAUUUGGAGCAUGGAAUUAAAGCAUUGAUUAAAGGUGUUGAGAAUUUGUAUUUGGAUGAUGUAGAUGGAAUUCAAAAAUGUGCUUCCAAACCUAAAUAGAGAAGGAUUUACAUUUCUGAAACAUCUCCACAUUCAAAAUAAUGCCAACCUGAAGCACAUUGUUGACUAUAAAGAGAGGAAUCAAAUCCAUAUGUCCUUUCCCAUCUUGGAAACACUAGUACUUCUUAAUCUUAGAAACUUGGAGCAUAUAUGUCAUGGUCAACCUUCAGUUGCUUCUUUUGGAAGUCUCAGUGUUAUCAAAGUAAAAAAUUGCGUCCAAUUAAAGUAUCUUUUCUCAUAUUCAAUGGUUAAAGGACUUUCUCACCUUUGUAACAUUGAAGUUUGUGAGUUCAAUUCUAUGAAGGAGAUUGUGUUUAGAGACAACAAUUCAAGUGCUAAUAAUGAUAUCGCUGGUGAAAAAAUCGAGUUUCUUCAAUUGCGUUCUUUGACUUUAGAACAAUUGGAGACACUUGAUAAUUUCGCCUCUGAUUAUUUGACACAUCAUAGAAGUAAGGAAAAGUAUCAAGGUCUAGAGCCUUAUGCUUAUACUACACCAUUUUUUAAUAAUGCUCAGGUUGCAUUUCCUAAUUUGGAUGCCCUUAAAUUGAGCUCACUUCUCAAUUUGAAUCAAAUUUGGGAUGAGAAUCAUCAAUCAAUGUGCAACUUGACUAGCUUGAUUGUGGAUAAUUGUGUUGGAUUGAAGUAUUUAUUCUCCUCUUCUUUGGUUGAAAGUUUUAUGAACCUCAAACACCUUGAGAUAAGUAAUUGUCCAAUGAUGGAGGAGAUAAUAGCUAAAGAAGAUAGAAAUAAUGCA